CUUAUAUGGUAUUUUUUCAAAUUAUUUACUUACAUGGUAUAAUAAUCUAUGUGCCAGUUUGUUUUUCUCUAUAGUAAUUAUCUGUUUUUGGAAAAGGAUUACUAUUUAUAUGAAUAGUAAGCUUUUUGGCUUUUUCGCUGCGAUUAUAACUCUGUUCCUAAUAACUAGUGUUUUUGGUUAUAAAAAUUAAUAUUCAAAAUAAAAUAUUGAAUUAAAAAAAAAUUAAUUAGUUAAGAAUGGUAAUUUGAAAAAAAAAAUUUAAGGUUAAAUUUAUUGAACUGAUAUUAGUUUAGGGAACUAUAGUAUUUUAAUCAUAAAUUAGUUGAUCGCAUUUGAUUUUGUCAUUUUGAUGAGAGAAAAAAGAGGCAGAGGGAGGGGGACAAAAUACCGACGGUGACGCGCUUCACAAGUCGUUGGAAAAGGAAGUGAUGUAGGAUCCCACAUAAUGUGACGUGUAGGCCUUCCAGUCCUCCGUUUUUCUUUCUUAUUUUUUCUUUUACGCUUCACCACAAGUGUUUUUGCACAUUUUCAUUUACAAAUAUUUAAUAGGCAAAUCAUUUUUUAAUAUAUAAACCAAUUCGUUAUAGACAUAGUUAACGUAUGUUACUUGAUCAUGGAAUUUGUUUCGGUGGGAAAUAGCAUUUUUCUCGUUAUAGACUUGGCCAUUUUGUGUGUGUUGUGUCACAAGCAAUAACGAGAAAAAUAGAUAAUUGCAUUUACUAUGAGAUGAAUUUAAAUGACAUAUGAUUCAUUUUUCCAAAACAAAAAGGCCAUAUAAACUCCCCAGAAUAUAAAUAUUUCUGAACAGAUUAAGCUAACAUCAACUGGAUUUUGAUUUUCGAAUGUUGUAUUUCACAUACCGUUAUAUUUCACAUAUUAGCCAAAAAUAUGCAACUCAUUACACCAAAAUUUGAGGACUCUUGUCUAAAAUAAGUAUAGUUAAAACUUAGGAGUCUUUGAGUUAAUAAAAAUAUGCAGUUCCCUAGAUAGCUAUAAUGGCGAGACCAUCCAUAAAACCAAUGCAGUGAAUGUACAGAUGUCUUCAAAAGGGAAGAAGUGAGAAUAGAGCGAAAGAUUACACUUCAAGCAAACGCAUUCCCACAAAAUAAAGAUAUCAGAAAUAAAGCGUUUCGUUUAUUUUAGUUAACAACGAAAAGAAUACAAAAGAGUUAAAGUGUCUCUCUGCUUUUUUUCGUUUCUCCCCCAAAAAAGUCGAAACCUCGUGUUCCACCGCCAAAUCUGAUUAAGCUGUUAUAUUUCUGUUUGUUUUCUCAAUAUUUCUGUGUGUGUUUCGCUGUGACUGGUGAGAAAUGAUGAAGAGAGGGACGGUAGAAGAAGUUGGAAUCAUCGGAGGGUUGGUCUUAGCUCAGGUGAUCUACGCCGGAAACUCGGUGUUACUGAGUCAGUUGAUGUCUCUUGGAGUCGACCCGCUUCUUAUCGUUAUCUUCUGCACCUUAGCAUCGUUUGUUCUCAUCAGCCCUCUUGCUUUUCUCCUUGAAAGGUACCUUUGUUUCUUAUGUUUUAAACCAUAUAACUCAUUGAUUCAACCAAACUUUUUCUAUUCCUUUUUAUUUUUGUUAAUGUUUUUUUUUUUGGUGGUGGGUAUAUGCAGGAAACUGUGGCCUACAAGUCUAAGUUUCAAGUUGAAGACAAAACUGGUUUACGUUUCUAUUGUCGGAGUGACUUUGUUCCAGUGGUUAUUCUUAGAAGGAAUGAAACACACCUCUGCAUCAAUGGCUACAGCUAUGCCUAAUCUUGCUCCUGCUUUCAUUUUCGUCAUUGCUUGGGCUGCUGGGAUGGAGAAAGUGAAGCUAAGUUGUAUGUACAGUAGAGUUAAGAUGGGAGGCACGGUGUUGUGUGUGAUGGGAGCUUUCAUUAUGAGCUUAAUGCACAGUACUACAGCCACAUCGAGCUCGGUCAAAGCUUUGCCUAUUGUCCCUGACCAUGUCGUUUUGGACAAGGAGAAGAUAUUAGGUUGCAUCUGUCUCCUCCUUUCCAUAUGCUGCUUGUCGUCUAGUAUUGUCCUCCAGGCAUCCAUACUAGUCGAGUUUCCAGCGAUAUCAAUGUUUUCAAUUGUCACUUUGAUGGGUGGGAUCUCCACGGUAGCUUUGCAGUAUGUUCUUAAGGGGAGUAUGGAAAUGGGAAGUGCAUCAGUAAUCGGUCUUGGCCACCUUGUGGGAUUUGCAGUGCUGGGAGGGUUGGUGAAUGGAGGAGGUAUGUGUUUUAGUGCAUGGGUGAUUAAGAGGAAAGGACCGGUGAUUGUGUCUCUCUUUAGUCCAAUUGCUACUGUGGUAUGUGUCCUUGUCUCUGCUUUCACCAUGAAAGAGAGUUUCAACCUUGGAAGCUUUGCGGGAAUGGGGUUGAUGUUCGGAGGACUCUACUUUGUUCUGUGGGCUAAAGGGAAAGAAGAUUGUGGAGAAGGUGAUGAAGAUGAUGAAGAAGAAAGUGUGCUUAGAACAGAGUUUGAUCUUGAGAAGCCUCUCUUGCGUUAAAGUCUUGUUUUCUUAGUGCUCAUGUUAUUUUAGUGUAGUUUUAAAGAAGUAUAUAUGUGUGUGUGAAACCAACAUAGUUAGACCAAGAAAAGAUACCAUACAGGUUUUAGGAUUUCCUAUCGAAUGUAUAUGGUACUUGACGAUCUCCUUCAUAUAGAAACAUAAUGGUUAAAGCUCUUAAGCAGA